UCGGAAAAUUAAUCGAAAAAAAACAAACAAAGAAGCCGGCUGGCCGCACAUUGUAAACAAACCAAAGUAUUUUUCAUUGCUGAUAUCAUGGCCAGCGGCUCUCGUAUUACCAUUCUGCCGCAGUCGAAGGAAGCCCUGCUCAAAUCUUACAAUGUGCGUCUCAAGGAGGACGUCCGCAGCAUGCUGGAGAAUUUCGAGGAGACUCUUAAGCUGGCACGCAGAGACAGUCACAGUCAGAUUUCACGAACGACGCAAUCUGAGCAGGACGCUCUUGAAAUGCAGAUACGCGCCUCCAAUAUGGUGCGGGCAGGAGAAUCCCUGAUGAAGCUAGUCGCCGAUCUCAAGCAGUAUCUGAUUCUGAACGACUUCCACUCCGUGAACGAAGCCAUUACGAACAAUUCUCAACUGUUCCGAUCCACGCAGAUUGAGUGCGACAAAAAACUCAUGAAGCUUAGGGACGAAAUGGCAAUGGACCUGUACGACCUGGAAGAGGAGUACUAUACGAGCAUAUUCAAGUAGAAGUCCUUGAAACCUUAAUAUACGAUUUUUUAAAAUAAAUAAAAUUGUAAAUCUAGCUAAAACUGGCUAAACUGGCAACACUGCUAGCAACCCUCUGUUGUGCGCAUGUCGAACAAGAAAUGCCUGGCAACGCCGUUACACACGUGUGUAUCCACACAUCCAGCUGUUUGACCAAGAAACAUAAAAUAAACUAUAUUAACUGAAAA